AUGAAUCUUCUUCUCUCCAUGCAUCGUGUAUCUAACCCAGCCUCCCUGUCACUUUCAAGUGACCUCCUCUCGCCCUCCUUCCCUUCUUUCCUUGAUAUGAAUAGUUUACAGACUAUUUCCUGGGGAGAUGGAAGAAGAAUCCAUCUCACCUCACACAGCAGAAACUUAGUAACAUUUCCCCGUAAACACUUCGAUUUUCCUUUCAAAAUUCCUUUAUCCUGCUAUAUCCUGCUGAUACUUACCUUUCUUCCCCUCCCCUGUCCCCUUCUCCAAAGUGGUCGUGUCUGUCACCCUGGGACUCAGAAUCCCUCCCUAGCCUCCAGGCCUACAGCCUAG